UAGUUGGGAUAAGUGGGAAUAGAACACAGUCAGGAACUAAAAAACUCCAGAGCUGUAGUUGCAGUCAUAGAAGUUUGCGAAUGUUUAUUGGAACGAUGAAUCUGGGAAACGGCAAAUCAACCCACUAUUUUUGUAACGACCAAACCUGUGACCUAAGUUGGUUUGAUGGUUUUCGGAAACGCACCCCAGAUCAGUCUACUCCAAAUAAAAUAAAAGAUUUAUGUGUUUUAAUAUAUUUUAUGGAAACAUUAAGAAGUAUUAUUUGUAUUAUUUUAAAGCAUGUAUACUCAAAAACUACAGCAAUAAAAAGAAAAAAAAGACAUUAGCCUAUUUCAUUGUCAUGUUGUGUCAUCUCAGGGAUUCCCUACUCCACAAAGUCCACCAUAUUAUCAACCCCAUCCAUUUCAAUUUACUGGCAUUACAUGGGCAAAAACCAACAACUGUUGCAUCACUUCAGAAACUCCAUGUGUUGAUAUGUGAUGAUAAGCAGUUCUAUAUAAAGCUCUUGUUUCCUCUGGAGUUGCUGUAUCAUUUUUGUACAUCAUAUUUCUGCUAUAAUGUCUGCUUUUGUGGUUUUGGCUGCUCUGGGUCUGCUUGGGACCCUGCCAGACUGUGAUGAACUCACAAAACCACAGAGCUUGGAGGAUGACUACAAAAGCAUCAUGGGUAAAUGGAUCUUUCAUAAAGGUAUAGCAGAUCAUCAGUUAUUCACGCAGAUCCUGAAGACGGUAAACAGCUCAUGGAUUGAGUUUGGCCCGAGUCCUCUGGAAAACACUGUGACUCUCAGUCAAGGAAACAUGCUAAAUGGAAAGUGUGAAUUUAGCACCACCAAUGCAGCUAUUAAAGACAAUACCAUUUAUUCUGAUCACAACGGCACAUUAUCAGAGGGAAAGUUUCUGCUGUCCUGUCCUGACUGUCUCACCAUAAGCUUCGUCAGUCAGUUCAAAAACGAGACCAUUAAGACGCUGUACUUUUUCAAAAGAGACAGUAAAGUAGAAAAAGUGGAGACAGACAUGUACUGGAAGCAAGCUGAGUGUCUCGGGUUCAAGACUGAAGACCAGUACACUUAUGAUGGCGUAACAGAAUUCUGUCGUGCUGCCCAGGAUAGCUCAUCUGUCCAGGAGCCUUGAAGUUUGGACCGAUCAGAUCAAUAAUAAAAGGCUGCUUUUAGCGUCUGAGUUUGUAAACAUGAAAUAAAAAGUGAAAUUGAAUAAAGGUCAUUGUUAUUAAUAA